UUCUCACCAAGUCAAACAAAUUUGAAUUGUAACGGUUAGUUUUUUUCUAUGACUGUAGUGAAAACGUAAAAUGUCAGAAACUGAAGAAGAAUAUGCGCUUAAAUUUAACCUCAAAGGGCACAAAAAGCCCAUUACUGGUAUUUCCUUCCACCCCAAUGCCAAACAAUUUGCCAGCAGUAGCGAAGACUCCACUCUCAUGGUGUGGAAUGUUGCCCAAAACACCCGAAGUUAUAGUUUCAAGGGGCACAGCGACUCGGUGACAGGUGUGGAAUACUCCCCCAGCGGUGAACUCCUAGCCUCUUGCUCCCAAGACCAAACACUCCGCAUUUGGGUGACGAAACAGUCUCAAAUGGGGACUUGUAUGGAAAUCAGAGCUCACUUAUCACCAGUCCGGUGUCUGGCUUUCGCCCCCCAAGGCACUCAAAUAAUCACCGGAUCAAAUGACAAAUCAAUGAAAUUAUGGUCAGUGGCGCGGAAAAACUUCUUGAAGUCUUUCGUGGGGCACACCAGUUGGGUCCGCAGUGUGCAUUUCGCACAAGACGGUCAAAAAAUCGUCUCAUGUGCUGACGACCAAACUAUCCGCGUUUGGGACCCCAUUUCAGGGCAAAACACCCACACAUUCCGCACCAAAGCGGGGCCCUGCAGUGUGGCGCUCCACCCCAACGGAAAUAACAUCGCUGUGGCUAUGAAUUCAGGCUCAGUGCGAGUUUAUGAUAUACGAAAUGAAAAACUCAAUCAACACUAUGUUUUGCAUGAUAGCACGACUUGUGUAUGUUGGCACCCCUGUGCGAAUUUUCUCCUCACUUCGGGGAAAGACGGCAAAGUUCAUUUGGUUGAUGUCAUGGAAGGGCGACCGUUGUACACGUUCGGGGGGCACGAGGGGGCUGUAAUGACAGUGAGAUUCAACAAAGAGGGUGAUUAUUUCGCGUCAGGGGGCGCGGACAAGCGCAUCUUGGUGUGGAAAGUCAAUCUGAGCAACUAGUGAUAAGUCUUAAGUAUUUAUUUUUACCCACUUUAAUACAUUUUUAAA